AUGUUCCUGAGCGACGCUUCGCCUUCCCCAGUCCCCCUUCUGUCUUCCGUUGACUGGGGGGCCCCGGGGCCCCCGGGGACCCCCCCGGGGGCCCCCCCGGGGGCCCCCCCGGGGGCCCCCCCGGGGGCCCCCCCGGGGGGCCCCCCGGGGGCCCCCCCGGGCCCCCCCGCAGGGGGACCCCCGGGGCGCCUGCCGCUGGACACGCAGGGCAGCCACAGCAGCAGCAGCAGCAGCAGCAGCAGCAGGAGGCUGUCGGUUUUGGAAGCAAAAAGGGGUCUUUUGGAUGUUGCAGAAGCAAUUUCUUUUUUGCAUUUUAAUGCGCAGCUGCUGCACCUCAACAUACACCCCGAAAGCGUGUUUGUUGACAGCAGCGGCCGCUGGCUGCUGGGGGGCCUUUGCUUCGCCAGGGAGCAGCAAAGCGGCAGCAGCAGCAGCAGCAGCAGCAGCAGCAGCGGCAGCGGCUGCGGCAGCAGCAAGGCUGCGGGCUUCGCCUUCAGCUACAGCAGCGGCAGCGUCGGAGUGGCCCUGGCCCCUCCUCUGCGCUAUACAGCCCCGGAGCUCGCGGGUUUCUAUCCGCCCCGUGCUGCUGCUGCUGCUGCUGCUGCUGCUGAUCCUGCUGCUGCUGCUGCUGCUGAUGUUUUUUCCUUUUCGCUGCUCGUCGCCGAGUGCUUGGGAGCAGCUAAUUUGCCCAACUCCCGAGACGGCGACGUGGAGGCCCACAAGCAGCAGUGCGCCCAGCUGUCUCCUCUGCGCGCUUCAUCCUUCCCUCCGGGCUCUCUGUUUCAGGAAGCAGCAGCAGCAGGAGCGGGGGGUCCUGCUGCAGCAGCAGGGCCCGCAGCAGCAGCAGCAGCAGCAGCAGGAGAGCUGCUGGAGCUGCUGUCUCGAGGCCUCAGCAGCAAUCCAAAAGAAAGACCCCCCAUCUCUGCUUUUUUAAAAAACUCUUUUUUUCUAUGUUUGGAGACAAGAGCUCUUCAGUUCUUGAGUUGUCUCCAAGAAAAGGAGCAGCAGCAGCAGCAGCAGUUCCUCGCGGGGCUGCUGCAGCUGCUGCAGCAGCAGCAGCAGCUGCAGCAGCCGCAGAUACUCAAGGUCCACGUGCUGCAGCCACUUCUUGCUGCUCUCAAGUACCCGGCGCUGCUGCCGCUGCUGCUGCCAAAUAUCUUUUUUGCUGCCAAGGCGCUCAAAGACAAGAAGUACUUUGCUGCUGCCAUUUGGCCGCUGCUGCUGCCGCUGCUGACGGCCAAAGAAAUUCAAGUCGAAGCUGUAGUGCAGCUUUUAAAGGAAAUUCCCUUUUUGAGCGAAUCUGCAUCGGAGGAAACUUUGAACAAAGACCUUCUGCCUUUCUUGCUGAAGUGCCUCGACAUUCAGGCCCCUGAAAUUCAAAAAGCAGCAGUUUCCACUUUGAGGGUUUGCUUUGCUUCAUUUGGCUACUCUGUGCACCGCACGCUCUUCCUGCCGCGCAUGCUUUCUCUUAUUGCUAGUGCAGAGUCGCUUGAAGUGCGCGUGGUUUGCCUGGAAUGUUUGGGGGCCAUGGCCACGGCCUUCGAUAGGUCUGUUGUAGAGCGGCAAAUUUUGCCAGUGCUGCUUCAG